CAAACUCCUGAAUGAAAUUGAUCAUCUUAAUGCCGCUUUAGCUAAAGCACGAGAAGUCGCCCAAGAGGUCCAGCUGCAAAGUGUCAAAGAAAAUGUUCAUCCCGAUUACAAGAAAUUGAUAUUCACACUUCAGGCUGAACAGGACAUGUAUAGCAGGCUACUAAAAUACGAGAGAGAGUCAGGAGGCCUCCAGAAAGAGCGGGAAGCCAUUGCUAUGCUACAGAGGUGGCUGCAGGAGAACAUACAGGCUAACCAGGAACUCCGAAAGAUAAUGGAAGCUCAAAUCAUGGCCAAAUAUAAAGGAGAUGACAGCAUGUCUUUUCUUGGAGAUCAGACCUCGUAUUUAAGCAUUUGUCUUGAUCCCUUAGACCAAAAUGAGUAUUAUUUUGCUGGAGGUCUUUAUGGAAGAGGCAUAUCUAAGAACAUAGACGUUCUUCGAGAAGAAGCUGGAACCCAAACACAAAGUGAAGUUUCAGCUUUGGCUGGAGAAAGUUCUAAACAUCAUCUGGACUAUAAGUCAGGCUUGUCACUCAAUGAGAGGAGCACAAUCAAGGGAGGGAAUGAUGGCACACCAACCAAAAACAGACAACAGACAGUCUCUUCUGCUACGCAGACUUAUCCGGGGGCCUUCAUUGAAAAAUGCAUUGCUGUCAAUGUUAAUAGUUUUCCAAAAGACAAUACAGAAUUGUUGUGGACCCUUCAAGAUGGAGAACUUAACCUCCUAUCACAGAGACUUCCCCAGAAAUUAAGUUAUAGCAGCUGUGAAAUCAAUAGACAUAGACAAGGAGAGGUUUAUAACCUCACCCAAAAUGCUAAGAAAUCCAGGCUUCCAGUUCUGGUAAAAUCUUCUCUGAAUACAAAGACUGAGGUUGCGCUGACCCCUGCCAAUGAAAAUGAUCAAAGUUGUCCUGAGGAGUUACAGAUGGAAAACCGAAAACUGAAAAAGAUGGAAGUUGAGGCAUAUGACGAAAAUAGAGACUUGGUGAAUGAGAACGCAAUACUUGACCGAAAUAACCCAGGCCAGGAGCAGAUGGAUCCCGCAGAGACAGCUGAACACACAGAUUUGAUGACAGCAGAACGUGAGAUGACGACACUUAAAGAAAAUGGAGAGAUGUUGAAAUGUAAGGAAUCUGAGUUGCAUAACUCCAAGCAGAGAGAGUCUACAGAAGAAGCCUUCAAAGAACUACAAGCAGAGAAUUACCGGCUGUCUGAAGAGCUAACACGGGCACAAAAGAAGAUUGAGACACUCAAGGCUAAUGAUGGCUUCAAACGUGAGGAUCCUGUUCCUGAUGUAUCAAUCUCCAACAAGGUGCAUAUGGAGUCUACAGACCAAGAGCUACAGGAGGAGAAUUAUCGGCUCUCUGAACAGCUAAAACUGGCACAAAUGGAGAUCAAGACUCUUAAGGCCAAUGAAAACUUGAUAAGACAUAAGGAUCCUGUGUACGAUGUAUCAAGCUCCAACCAGGUGCAUGAUGUGGAGUCCAUAGACCUGGCUUUACAGAAAGAGCUAAAUGUAGAAAAUCACAGCCUCUCAGAAAAUUUUGAAAAAUCAAAAAUCAAGAUCGAGACAACUAAAGCCAGUGAAGAAUUAUGGAGAUGUAAAUCCUCUGAACUUGACCUUAUCGGCUCUACAGAUGAGCAGGGAAGGUCACCAGAACAAACCCUACAGAAAGAACGGCAGGUGGAGAAUUGCCAGCGUUCAGAACAGCUAAAACGAGGACAAGUGGAGACUCUCGCAGCAAAUGAAUUGAGAGAACACACGGAUGCUGAUCCUAAGUUAGCUCACUCCUUCAAAGACCAGAUGGAGUCUACAGACCAAUCUUUACAGAAAGAGCUACAGGGAGAGAAUUACCGGCUCUCCGAACAGCUAAAACUGGCACAGAUAAAGAUUGAGAAACUACAAGAAGAAGAAAGGUCGACCGGCAGCAGCAAUGACUCCUUGAAGCUUCAUGGUUCAGAUGCAGAUGAUGAUCUUUCUGAACAAUCCUUUUUAGAGAAGACCAUCACUAACUCUGUCAACGUUAGCAAGGUCAAUGCCACGUCAGAUUUUGGUGAUGAAGUUUGUAGGCCUAAUGUAGAUAGUCGGAAUGCAGUUGCACUACGCUGUCAUCAUGAUAAUCACUGUGCGGAGUGUGCCAACAAUAGAGGAAUUCUGUCACUGCCAACUUCAGAUUCUAAAAGGGCAUCCACCAUGCACACGUCUCCCCAGUUUUCUAAAGUGUCCUCAGGAAGGUCAUUUGAAGACACCACAUCUCUUUCAAAAUACAAUUUAUUAGUGCAGUCUCAAGCACGAGAGCUGUCACUUCAGAGACAGAAAAUCAAGGAGAGUCACAACCUGAGUGUUGUAUGUUCAAAGAAUUUCUACAACAUUCUGAAUACGUUUGAGAACCUGAUCCCCGCCAGCACCUUGGACUCGAACAUCACUCUGGGAUUUCAGGAGCAGAUCACUCAGACUGUAGAUUGGCUGAAAGAGCUGGAGUACAAACUCAGUGAUGCCCUCUAUGGGGAGGAAGAUGCUUACAGCGACCAUUCUGUUGACAGCUUGCUGCACACCCCAUCGCGCUUGGUCCCUGGACAUCGAAUGUGGGCAGACAAGCAUGGAUGCCAUGUGCUGGGCUUAGUAGAAGACUACAAUGCUUUACGGAAACAAAUUUUGGAAGCAAGAAAUGUCCUACAGGAAAUGGAGGCUUUAAUCGACCAUGGGGUAGAGACUGCAGUUCUCAAUAUGACGGAGCAUUUUGGGAAUAUAUUUUUUGAGAAACUUACAAAAACAAAGCAGUCACUGGAGGAUGCCGGGUGUUUGAUGAAGCUGUUGUGGAGAGUCUCCUUACCCAUACAGAUUCACAGCCCAUACAGCAUCAACCAAGACGAAGAGGCAAACCUGGAGAUCACCCGGCUUCGUAAGAGGGUUUUAGAGCAAGAGAAGUUGUUAUCUGGCAUGGUCAAGAGAGUCUACUCCGAGAACCAGAUGAAGGAGGACAUUGAGAAACUCAUUCUAAACCAGUUGGCCGUGACCCAUGAUAUUUUAAAGAGAGCCAAAGGCAAUUUAGAGGUUCAAGUGGUCGAUAAACACCACUGAUUAGUCAGAUAUGACUUCUGGAGGCCAUCUGGAUGGGUUUGUAUGUAUAGCUACAUAUACUGCCAUAUUGUUUCGUUUUUAUAUUUAAACCUGCUUGGUAGUGGCUCAUAUGUUUUUAUAAUUUUAUAGUCUAUGCCCAUAAUGGCUAACCUCCGGCACUCCAGCUGCGGUGAAACUACGACUCCCAGCAUGCUCCAUUCAUUUCUAUAGAGUUCUGAGAACAGCCAAACAAGUGUGCCUCUUGGGAGUCGUAGUUUUACCACAGCUGGAGUGCCGAAGGUUAGCCAUCACAGGUCUAUGCUGUUUCUUCCUUGUAAUAUAUUUUACCUGUUAAGUUCCUUGUAAAGUUUUAAGUUAAUGGAAUCUGUAUAUGAAAUAAGUGGAAUCCUAUGGACCCUUGUGCAGCCGUGUUCUCUGCUUUCAUUUUGCACUGCAGUUCCUACAAGUGUCCACUAGAUGGCACCACAUACAUGUUACUGGUCACGUACAGCAUAGGAAGGUGUCUGUCCAUUGCUGCAGCUAUAAUACUAGAGGAGGUUAGAUGACGAACGUGUCGCCCGCGGCCGUACCAAUGAGUUCUCCGUGCACCGUCAUGGAUGCAUGAUGUGGUUAUUAUUAUUUAAAAGUGCCAUUAAUUAAUAUAGAAAUCCAAGAAACCAUUAAGGCUGGUACAGAGGGGGAGAGCAUCCUACCCGCAAGAGCUUGCAAUCUUAUUUAGUCCUGUUCAGAUUCACACAUUUAGAUCAUGAAGGAAGGAAAAGUACUUGAUGGCUUUCCUAUUUUUCAUUUAUAAAGCUGCAAUGGCCUUAAAGGGGUUCUUCAAGAUGGCCAGGCUGGGUGCAAAUAUAUAUAAAAAAAAUAAGACUAACCUGGCACUCCGGAUCCAGGGCUAAUCUCCCUUCUCCUCCGUGUCUGGUCUGAAGGGGUCACGCGCCUUCUGAGGCCAUUGAUUAGCCGGCAGCACAGAUGAACGCCCAUCUGGAAGCAGAAAGCUGUGCUGGAUCCGGAGCACUGGUGACAGGGGACCCUGCCUGUCCAUCUGAAAAGGGGCUCCUGGUCUUGGAGAACCCCUUUAAAGGGAAUCUCCACCUGUUAAAGCCAACGCUCUUUAUAGCGGCUGGAGCUCAGUGUUUUCUGAGACAGAGCCCCAGAUCCUCUACCUAGUCAGAGAAAGAUCGCCGGUCACCACCCCAUAAUUGUGUUACCUUAAAGGGGUUGUCCACCCUUUAGACUUUUUAAAGGGGUCUUCCGGGUGUAAAAUAUUGAUGCACCAUUUUCAGGAUCGGCCAUCAGUAUUUUAGUUCUGGAAAACUCUUUUCGAUAAAAGUAGCAAGAGAGAGGUCAUCAAUAUUUGAUCUGUGGGGGUCUGAAUCCUGGCACCCUGGGCGAUCAGCUGUCUGAAAGGAGUCAGACCCCCACUGGCCGGAUAUUGAUGACUCCUCCUGAGGAUCAGGAGACCCCUUUAAAUGUCAGCAGAUUGUUGUA